CCCAGGGCUACUUCAUCCAGGGCAUCUUCUCCUCCCUCUCAAGUGGCUUGGCAAAGAUCAUGAGCCGCAAAGGGGAGCCCAUAACUGAAGGCAAGACAGAGGACAAUGCAAUUGUUUUGAGUCCAGAUGUGAAAGGACCACCCACCCACAGACUGUCCUGUGGCCAGUCCCCCUACACUGAGAUGACAACAUGGGAGAGGAAAUACUGCAUCCUGACAGACAGCCAGCUGGUGCUGCUCAACAGGGAGAAGGAGGUGCCUGCAGAAGGGAUCCAGGAGCCGCAGGAUGCCUCCCGCGGGCGCUGUCUGCGCCGCACGGUCAGCGUCCCCUCGGAGGGCCAGUUCCCCGAGUACCCGGCAGAGGGGGCCGCCCAACUAGAGGUCCCAGCAGAGAGAUCUCCUCGCAGACGGAGCAUCUCGGGGACCAGCACCUCUGAGAAAACCAACUCCAUGGAUGUCCCGAACACUUCUCCUUUCAGAGUACCAGGCUUCUUCAGCAAGCGCCUGAAAGGAUCCAUCAAGAGGACAAAGAGCCAAUCCAAGCUGGACAGGAACAUCAGCUUCCGUCUGCCCUCUCCCAACAAUUCUGAGGACAGACCACGUGAGCUGCCCAAGCUGAAGGAGUCCCGUUCCCAUGAGUCUUUACUGAACCAAGCCAGCACCAUAGAGACUCUGGACUUUGCAGCAGAAGAAGCAGUCUUUGUCAAACCACUUCACAACAGUAUCCUUGGACGAGACUUCUGCUUUGAGGUAACCUACUCCAAGGGCAGUAAAUGCUUCAGUUGUUCCUCUGCAGCAGAGAGGGACUGGUGGAUGGAAAACAUACGCAGACUAUCGCAGCCGAUGAAGGACAAUUGCCGUCGAGCUGAAAACGUGCUUCGCCUCUGGAUCAUAGAGGCCAAGGACCUGACCCCUAAGAAGAAAUACUUCUGUGAGCUGUGCCUUGAUGACACCCUCUUUGCCCGCACCACCAGCAAAGCAAAAGCAGAUAACAUUUUCUGGGGGGAGCACUUUGAGUUCUACAGCCUCCCACACAUUCAGAGCAUCACGGUUCACAUCUACAAGGACGUGGAGAAGAAGAAGAAAAAGGACAAGAACAAUUACGUAGGGCUGGUCAACAUCCCCACGGCCAGCGUGACCGGCCGCCAGUUUGUGGAGAAAUGGUACCCAGUGAGCACCCCCACAGCCAACAAAGGCAAGGCAGGGGGCCCCUCCAUUCGCAUCAAAUCCCGCUACCAGACCAUCACCAUCUUGCCCAUGGAGCAGUACAAAGAAUUUGGGGAGUAUGUUACCAGCAAUUACGCCCUGCUGUGCUCCGUGCUGGAACCCGUGAUCAGUGUCAAGAACAAGGAAGAGAUGGCUUCUGCCUUGGUGCACAUCCUUCAGAGCACUGGGAGAGCCAAGGACUUCUUGACAGAUUUGGUGAUGGCUGAGGUAGAUCGUUGUGCAGAACAUGAUGUCUUGAUCUUCAGGGAGAACACACUUGCUACCAAAGCUAUUGAGGAAUACCUCAAGCUGGUAGGACAGAAGUACCUCCAGGAUGCACUGGGGGAGUUUAUCAAGGCUGUGUAUGAGUCAGAUGAAAACUGUGAAGCAGAUCCCAGCAGGUGCUCACAGAGUGAAUUAGCAGAUCAUCAGUGCAACCUGAAAAUGUGUUGUGAGCUGGUCUUCUGCAAGAUUAUCAAUUCUUACUGCGUGUUCCCUCGCGAGCUGAAGGAGGUGUUUGCAUCCUGGAAGCAGCAGUGCCUGAACAGGGGCAAGCAGGACAUCAGUGAGCGCCUGAUCAGUGCCUCGCUGUUCCUGCGUUUCCUGUGCCCUGCCAUCAUGUCCCCCAGCCUCUUCAACCUGAUGCAGGAGUACCCUGAUGACCAGACCUCCCGCACGCUCACCCUCAUUGCCAAGGUCAUCCAGAACCUCGCCAACUUUGCCAAGUUUGGUAUUAAGGAAGAGUACAUGGCCUUCAUGAAUGAGUUUUUGGAACACGAGUGGGGAGGAAUGCAGCGUUUUCUGAGGGAGCUCUCUAACCCAGAUACCAUCUCCAACAUGCCUGGAUACGACGGCUACAUCGACCUGGGCAAGGAGCUCUCGGUGCUGCAUUCCCUCCUCUGGGAGGUUGUGUCCCAGCUUGAUAAGGCAACCGUGGCAAAACUGGGACCUCUCCCCCGUAUUCUUGCGGAUAUCACAAAAUCCAUGACCAGCCCCACACCCACGCAGCAGCAGCUGAAGCGUUUCACGGAGCACAGCUCCAGCCCAAACGUCGCUGGAAGUCUCUCCUCGGGACUUCAGAAGAUAACCGAGGACCCCAGCGAUGGUGACAUAAACAAGAUGAAGUCUCCAACCCAGGAAAAUGUAGAUGGACAUUUUAGGGGCAAGACCUUACUGCUGGUUCAGCAGGCAUCCACCCAGAGCAUGGCUUGCUCAGAGAAGGAUGAGAAGGUAAGUGUCUUGCCCAACGGCCGUAGCAUCUCCCUCAUGGACCUGCAGGACCCCCACGCAGCUCACGGCGACGCCGCCUCCAUGAUGCACGACGUGCCUUUGCGCCUGGCGGGCAGCCAGCUCUCCGUCACCCAGGUGGCCAACAUCAAACAGCUGUGGGACGCCCAGAGCACGCCCCAGAGCGCUCCCCAGGUCCGGAGGCCGCUGCACCCGGCGUGGAACCAACAGGGCAGCCUCCGGCCCCUCUCCUUCCAAAACCCGGUUUACCAGCUCAACAACCCGAGCCCCCCCACGGCCAAGGCCUCUGUGGACUCCAGCCCGGAGAACCUGAGCACGGCCAGCUCCCGGAGCCGCAGCAACAGCGAGGACUUCAAGCCCAGCGGGCGCAGCAACAGCAGCCUGGAGGAGUCGGCCAAGCGCAGCUCGCAGAGCGAGGACUCGGCGCGGCGCCCCGACAGGCACGUGCCCGUGGUGCUGCCGCGGCAGAACAGCAGCAGCCAGGCGCAGAUCCGCAAGAUGGAGCAGGCCGUGCUGGGCACCAGGGCCAAGACGCUGCACACGCUGACGCACAGCCCCUCCCUGCGCAGCACGGGCAGCGUCUCCGGCGCCUCGGCGGCCCUGGGCACGGAGCCCGUGCAGAACGGGAACCGCUCCCGGCACCAGUCCUCGUCCUCCCGGGAAAGCCCCGUGCCCAAGGUGAGGGCCAUUCAGCGGCAGCAAACGCAGCAGGUGCAGUCACCAGUGGACUCGGCCACGCUGUCCCCGGUGGAAAGGACGGCGGCGUGGGUGUUCAACAACGGCCAGUACGAGGACACCAAGAAGGACACGGCUCAGAGCCUGGAUGAAGUCAAGCAUGCUGAGAAGUACGAGCAGGAGAUCGCCAAGCUGAAGGAGCGCCUGCGCGUGUCCAGCCGCCGGCUGGAGGAGUACGAGCGGCGGCUCCUGGUGCAGGAGCAGCAGAUGCAGAAGCUGCUCACAGACUACAAAUCUCGACUGGAAGACAGUGAGGACAGGCUGCGCAGGCAGCAGGAGGAGAAGGACAGCCAGAUGAAAAGUAUCAUCAGCAGACUCAUGGCUGUUGAAGAGGAGCUGAAAAAGGAUCAUGCUGAGAUGCAAGCAGUCAUUGAUGCAAAGCAGAAAAUCAUUGAUGCACAGGAGAAGCGGAUCGUGUUCCUGGACUCGGCCAACACGCGCCUGAUGAGCGCCCUGACGCAGGUAAAGGAGCGCUACACCAUGCACGUCCGGAAUGGCAACCCUCCCAAGCUUUCCAUCACGGAGAAUGGUGAAUUUAAGAACAGCAGUUUCUAAUUCUGCAGGUGCUGCCAACCACCUCCGUGGAAGAGCAAGACGGAGCAGAGCCAAGACCCCUCACCGUCACUGAU